AUGCUGCUCGCCACCACCUCCGCCGCCGCCGCCUGGUCGCCGCCGCCCUCGACGUCGUCGUCGCCGCCGUCUGCCGCCGCACCGCCGCCGCCGUUCGGUCGCCGCCUGCUGGUGCUCGCCGCCGCCGCCUGGUCGCCGCGGCCGUCGAAGUCGUCGUCGCCGCCGUCUGCCGCCGCACCGCCGCCGCCACUCGGUCGCUGCCUGCUGGUGCUCGCCGCCACCUCCGCCGCCGCCGCCUGGUCGCCGCCGCCCUCGACGUCGUCGUCGCCGCCGUCUGCCGCCGCACCGCCGCCGCCGCUCGGUCGCCGCCUGCUGAUGCUCGCCGCCGCCGCCUGGUCGCCGCGGCCGUCGAAGUCGUCGUCGCCGCCGUCUGCCGCCGCACCGCCGCCGCCGCUCGGUCGCUGCCUGCUGGUGCUCGCCGCCACCUCCGCCGCCGCCGCCUGGUCUCCGCCGCCCUCGACGUCGUCGUCGCCUCCGUCUGCCACCGCACCGCCGCCACCGCUCGGUCGCCGCCUGCUGGUGCUCGCCGCCACCUCCGCCGCCACCGCCUGGUCGCCGCCGCCCUCGACGUCGUCGUCGCCGCCGUCUGCCGCCGCACCGCCGCCGCCGCUCGAUCGCCGCCUGCUGGUGCUCGCCGCCACCUCCGCCGCCGCCGCCUGGUCUCCGCCGCCCUCGACGUCGUCGUCGCCGCCGUCUGCCGCCGCACCGCCGCCACCGCUCGGACGCCGCCUGCUGGUGCUCGCUGCCACCUCCGCCGCCGCCGUUCGGUCGCUGUCUGCUGUCGCCAUCGUCGUCACCGCCUGCCUCCGCACCGCCACUUCCGCCGCUCGGUCGCCGCCUGCCAGUGCUCGCCGCCACCUCCGCCGCCGCCGCCUGGUCGCCGCCGCCCUCGACGUUGUCGUCGCCGCCGCCGCCACACCGCCGCCGCCGCUCGGUCGCUGCCUGCUGGUGCUCGCCGCCACCUCCGCCGCCGCCGCCUGGUCGCCGCCGACGUCGACGUCGUCGUCGCCGCCGUCUGCCGCCGCACCGCCGCCGCCGCUCGGUCGCCACCUGCUGGUGCUCGCCGCCGCCGCCUGGUCGCCGCCGCCGUCGAUGUCAUCGUCGCCGCCGUCUGCCGCCACACCGCCGCCGCCGCUCGGUCGCCGCCUGCUGGUGCUCGCCGCCACCUCCGCCGCCGCCGCCACGUCUCCGCCGCCCUCGACGUCGUCGUCGCCGCCGUCUGCCACCGCACCGCCGCCGCCGCUCGGUCGCCGCCUCCUGGUGGUCGCCGCCACCUCCGCCGCCGCCGCCUGGUCGCCGCCGCCGUCGACGUUGUCGUCGCCGCCGUCUGCCGCCGCACCGCCGCCGCCGCUCGGUCGCCGCCUGCUGGUGUUCGCCGUCACCUCCGCCGCCGCCGCCUGGUCGCCGCCGCCCUCGACGUUGUCGUCGCCGCCGUCUGCGGCCGCACCACCGCCGCCGCUCGGUCGCCACCUGCUGGUGCUCGCCGCCACCUCCGCCGCCGCCGCCUGGUCGUCGCCGCCGUCUACGUCGUCGUCGCCGCCAUCUGCCGUCGCACCGCCGCCGCCGCUCGGUCGCCGCCUGCUGGUGCUCGCCGUCACCUCCGCCGCCGCCGCCUGGUGGCCGCCUCCGUCGACGUCAUCGUCGCCACCAUCUGCCGCCGCACCACCGCCGCCGCUCGGUCGCCGCCUGCUGGUGCUCGCCGCCACCUCCAACGCCGCCGCCUGGUCGCCGCCGCCGUCGACGUCGUCGUGGCCGCCGUCUGCCGCCGCACCGCUGCCGCCGCUCGGUCGCCGCCUGCUGGUGCUCGCCGCCACCUCUGCCGCCGCCGCCUGGUCUCCGCCGCCCUCGACGUCCUCGUCGCCGCCGUCUGCCGCCGCACCGCCGCCACCGCUCGGUCGCCGCCUGCUGGUGCUCGCCGCCACCUCCAACGCCGCCGCCUGGUCGCCGCCGCCGUCGACGUCGUCGUCGCCGCCUUCUGCCGCCGCACCGCCGCCGCCGCUAGGUCGCCGCCUGCUGGUGCCUGCCGCCAACUCCGCCGCCGCCGCCUGGUCUCCGCCGCCCUCGACGUCGUCGUCGCCUCCGUCUGCCACCGCACCGCCGCCACCGCUCGGUCGCCGCCUGCUGGUGCUCGCCGCCACCUCCGCCGCCACCGCCUGGUCGCCGCCGCCCUCGACGUCGUCGUCGCCGCCGUCUGCCGCCGCACCGCCGCCGCCGCUCGAUCGCCGCCUGCUGGUGCUCGCCGCCACCUCCGCCGCCGCCGCCUGGUCUCCGCCGCCCUCGACGUCGUCGUCGCCGCCGUCUGCCGCCGCACCGCCGCCGCCGCUCGAUCGCCGCCUGCUGGUGCUCGCCGCCACCUCCGCCGCCGCCGCCUGGUCUCCGCCGCCCUCGACGUCGUCGUCGCCGCCGUCUGCCGCCGCACCGCCGCCACCGCUCGGUCGCCGCCUGCUGGUGCUCGCCGCCACCUCCGCCGCCGCCGUUCGGUCGCUGUCUGCUGUCGCCGUCGUCGUCACCGCCUGCCUCCGCACCGCCACCGCCGCCGCUCGGUCGCCGCCUGCCAGUGCUCGCCGCCACCUCCGCCGCCGCCGCCUGGUCGCCGCCGCCCUCGACGUCGUCGUCGCCGCCGCCGCCACACCGCCGCCGCCGCUCGGUCGCUGCCUGCUGGUGCUCGCCGCCACCUCCGCCGCCGCCGCCUGGUCGGCGCCGCCGUCGACGUCGUCGUCGUCGCCGUCUGCCGCCGCACCGCCGCCGCCGCUCGGUCGCCGCCUGCUGGUGGUCGCCGCCACCUCCGCCGCCGCCGCCUGGUCGCCGCCGCCGUCGAUGUCAUCGUCGCCGCCGUCUGCCGCCACACCGCCGCCGCCGCUCGGUCGCCGCCUGCUGGUGCUCGCCGCCACCUCCGCCGCCGCCGCCUCGUCUCCGCCGCCCUCGACGUCGUCGUCGCCGCCGUCUGCCACCGCACCGCCGCCGCCGCUCGGUCGCCCCCUGCUGGUGGUCGACGCCACCUCCGCCGCCGCCGCCUGGUCGCCGCCGCCGUCGACGUUGUCGUCGCCGCCUUCUGCCGCCGCACCGCCGCCGCCGCUCGGUCGCCGCCUGCUGGUGCUCGCCGUCACCUCCGCCGCCGCCGCCUGGUCGCCGCCGCCCUCGACGUUGUCGUCGCCGCCGUCUGCGGCCGCACCACCGCCGCCGCUCGGUCGGCACCUGCUGGUGCUCGCCGCCACCUCCGCCGCCGCCGCCUGGUCGUCGUCGCCGUCGACGUCGUCGUCGCCGCCGUCUGCCGCCGCACCACCGCCGCCGCUCGGUCGCCGCCUGCUGGUGCUCGCCGCCACCUCCGCCGCCGCCGCCUGGUCGCCGCCGCCGUCGACGUCGUCGCCGUCGCCGUCUGCCACCGCACCGCCGCCGCCGCUCGGUCGCCGCCUGCUGGUGCUCGCCGCCGCCUCUGCCGUCGUCUGCCGCCGCCCCAGCCUUUCUCGCGCGCCGUCACCAUGUCCCAACCCACUACCACUAUCAUUUUUCAACUCUCCCUCCGCUGCUCCAACCACCAUCACAUGGAGGUCAUCCUCCACCCCCCUUCCCGUCCUUCCUUCUCUCCCUAUCCACCUCACCCCUGCGCCACUUUCGGCUGUCAACAACAGUGAUAGCCCCGCGGUGCGUGCAGUUAAAAGAUUGCGCUUAAUAUAG